UUGGCAGCGCCGCAGCCAAUCGCCGUGUGCCGGCCCCGCGGUGAUGGCGGCGGCCGAAGACGCGGGGCCGGUCCCGUCGGUGCCACCGGAGCCCGCGGAGCAGGAUCCGGCCCCCGGCGCCCCGGCGGGGGGGGAGAUCCCCGGGGCCGCCCCCCCCGCGCCCGCGCCCAGGCCCCGGAGCAGCAGCAUCGUGGUCAGCCCGCGGCAGCGCGGGAACCCGGUGCUGAGGUUCAUCCGGAACGUCCCGUGGGAAUACGGUGACAUCGUCCCCGACUACGUGCUGGGGCAGAGCUCCUGCGCCCUCUUCCUGAGCCUGCGGUACCAUCACCUUCACCCCGACUACAUCCACCAACGCCUGCGGGACCUGGGCCGGAGCUUUGCGCUGCGGGUGCUGCUGCUGCAGGUGGACGUGAAGGACCCUCAGCGGUCCCUGAAGGACCUGGCCAAGAUCUGCGUCCUGAGCGACUGCACCCUCCUGCUGGCCUGGAGCCCCGAGGAGGCCGCCAGGUACCUGGAGACCUACAAAGCCUUUGAGCAGAAGCCCCCGGACAUGCUGCGGGAGCGCCUGGACCAGGGCUUCCUGCCCAGGAUGACCGACUGCUUGACCAGCAUCAGGGCAGUGAACAGGACGGAUGCCCUGAGCCUCCUCAGCACCUUUGGGUCACUCGCAGCCCUGGUGGCCGCCACCAAAGAGGAUUUGUCCCUUUGUCCUGGUGUUGGACCCCAAAAGGCCAAGCGCCUCUUCGAUGUCCUGCACGAGCCCUUCCUGCAGACCCCCAAGUGAGCCCCAAUCCCUGAUCCACAAUAAAAUGGGCUUUAUCCAUGGAA